AUGGGGCUCUCCGCCGCCGCCGCCGCCCCGCCCUCCAAACUCAUCUUCGCCCCGGCGGGAUCCGCCCCCCACGGCCAGGCCGAGCAGUUCACCAGGGCCACCCUCUCGCGCAGGCAGCUCGACGCCUCGCCCACCCGCCAGUUCGGGCGGUGGUUCGCCGAGGCCCAGGCCGCGCGGGCGCCGCAGCCCGAGGCGUGCGUCCUGUCCACGGCGGAGCUGCCCUCGGGCCGCGUGUCCUCGCGCGUCGUCUACCUCAAGGAGCUCGACGCCGCGGGCGGCUACGUCGUCUACUCCAACCUGGGGACGUCGCGCAAGGCCGCCGACCUGGCGACCAACCCGCACGCCGCGCUCGUCUUCCACUGGCCCGCGCUGCAGCGCCAGGUGCGCGUCGAGGGCGUCGCCGCCCGCUGCUCCCGGGCCGACAGCCAGGUCUACUUUGACACGAGGGUGCGGGGCAGCCGCAUCGGCGCGUGGGCGAGCCGCCAGAGCCGGGUGCUGGAGCCGAGGCGGCGAAAUGGCGGCGGCCAUGGCCACGAGGAGGACGACCAUGACCAUGACCAUGACCAUGACCAGGGCGAUGACGAUGACGAUGACGAUGACGGCAGGGCCCAGCUGGACGAGUGGGUGGCCGAGGCGGAGCGCCGCUUCGAGGGCUGCGACGACAUCCCCGUGCCGGACUUUUGGGGCGGCCUGCGCAUCACGCCCUCCAGGGUCGAGUUCUGGCAGGGCAGGGAGAGCCGGCUGCACGAUCGCUUCGCCUACGUGCGCGAGGGGGACGGUGGCGCCGACGGUGGCGCCGAGGAUGGAGAGUGGAGGAUCGAGAGGUUGAGCCCGUGA